AUGGCUGCAAAGGUCCUGAACACCCUGGCACAAAACAUAACGAAUAAAUACGGGACAAUAGAUUACAGCAAGUGGCAGCGGGUAGAAGCAAAAAAGAAGAAACCUGUGUCACACAAACCAGCUUUGCCACCUAUCGCAUCACCAAGUGAGGACAAGAAAAGCAAAGGGAGCUCCGCUGGCUGCCAGAAAGGCAAGCGGUCAGUUCUAUUCAGUCCCAGUUCAUCCUUGCCUUCAAAGACAGCAUCCUCUCUGAAUCCCAGAUUUGCUCAGCAGAAAACCUCAGCAAAGGAGACUGAUGUAACUAAAAGCUUGGAGAACAUCAAAAUGAUUAAGAAACUGACUAAGUCGAAGAGAAAGUCCCUAAAUGAGCUGAAGCAUCACAGCGCCGCCCUUGUAGAGACCAACGGGAGACUGGUCCAGGACAUUCAGCAGACAGAUGCCAGUACUGCCAAGCAUGCCAGAGACCUGCUGCAGCAGUACGAGAUGUUUGGGACAGUCAUCUCGACCCUUCGGGACUCCAAUCAGAACCAAGUUGGCGUAGCAAGAGCAGAACUCCAAGAAACAGAAAAAAUGGUGGAAAAGAACCUGAGGAAACUGAAACAUCAGGUGGAUCACAUGAACACCAAGGUGCAAAUGCUCCAGGAAGAGCUCAAUGUUUUACGAACAUACAUGGACAAGGAGUACCCGGUGAAAGCCGUCCAGAUAGCCUUUAUGCUUCGCAACAUCCGAAACCUGAAGGAAGAACAGCAGGAUGAAAUGGAAGAUAUAGAAGAUCUGGCCAAAACAGUAAUGCAGCAACUGGAAAAGAAGGUGCAAGAUGAGAAGGAGCAGAUAUUACAGGCUGUUGCAGAGGACAAGGCGUUUCUCUAUCAGGAGGGGCUGAAGCAGAUGGCUGUCAACAAUCGGAUACUCAGGAAUGAAAUCCAAAUGCAAAAGAAGUUCAUUCACAAGCUGUUGGAAGAAAUCACAGAGCUACGAAAGAGCGUUAUGACACUUCGCUGGAGCGUGAGAGACCCUAGAGAGGUGAUCUUCGCCGACGUCCUGCUCCGCAGGCCCAAAUGCCUGCCAGAUACAGAGAUUGUUCUCAAUAUCCCCUUAGAGGAGAAGGUUUUCGUUUAG